CACGCUGGCACAUUUCGACGCCGUCUGUCCACCACUUCAAGUCGAGUCCUCCAACUAAGAUUGAGGCGCCCCGAGACUGACUUUGGUACAGAUCAUCUUCCAACUGCCCACUUCUAUCCGACGUUUUUGAAUGCACGCGAGCAACGGCAGAGUCAUGUUGUGGACUGUGUUGGUUUCAACUCUCCUACUGACCAUCUCAACCGGCGGAGCAGAAGCUCAAGGCGUCCGAGACAACAGAGGCACUGAAUUCAUCCUGACAUUUACGGAAAACUUUCAGAGGGACAGAAAUCCACCCCGGCUGUUCAUCACCACCCAGUCUGCCACGACCGACGUCACCAUCACACUCCCUGCUACCGGCUACACCACCACGGUCACGGCGACCAAUGGACAGGUGACAGACGUGGCCCUGGACCGUACAGCCGUGGAGCUUCGCGGCAGCCAAAAAAGCGACAAGGCCAUCCACGUCACGUCAGAUGAAGAGAUCGUGAUUUACGGAGUGUUUGCUGAACUUGCCUCUUCCGACGCCUACCUGGCCCUCCCGACAGACGUGUUGGGGACCGAGUACUUCGCCGCCUGUGCGACGGUCCGACGCUCGUGGGCCGAAGAGGGCUUUACGGACUUGCCAAGCGAGUUUGGGGUCGUCGGCGUCUACGACGGUACAACUGUCACCAUCAACCCUACCCAAGCCGUGACGUUCGGCGGGAGCAGCUACCCCGCGGGUCAGGACUUCACGGUCAGCCUGGACCGGUUUGAAACGCUUCAGGUACAAUCGACCGAAGACCUGACCGGGUCCAGGAUCACAUCCAGCCAUCCGGUGUCCGUGCUGAGCGGAAACCUGUUCACCGUGGUAGGGAACAAUCAGCAAGGGUCUGGCGACCACAUUGUGGAGAUGAUCCCACCCGUGGACACCUGGGGAAAGGAGUUCGUCACCGCCCCGCUGGCAAAAAGGACCGCUGGCGACAUCUUCCGCAUUGUGGCCGCCAGAGACAACACACAGGUCACUGUUACCGGUCGAACUCCGAGGAAUCUAAACGCAGGGGAAUUCUGGGAAUUUGAGGCUGAUUCAAACGAGUACUUGCACGUGACCUCCGACGAACCAGUACUGUUGGCGCAAUACAGUAAAACAGCAUCUGCCGACAACACGGACACCGACCCGUUCCUCCUGAUCAUCCCUCCUGUGGCCCAGUUUGAGGCAGAUUACACAUUUUCAACGAUCGACCUCCUCGUAACCGGCACCUCAACCACGCAUCACGUGAAUCUGGUCAUUCAGUCGGCUGACAUAGCUGGUCUCUUAUUUGAUGGACAACCGUUGCCAGGCAGCACCGUUUGGCAUCCCGUGCCGGGGACUAACUACGAGGCCACUGACCUGACUAUCUCGGCAGGCACCCAUACAGCAAGUCACGCUUCCCCCAUCGCAACCUUCGGUCUCUUCAGCUAUGGCUACACACUUCUGGAGGCGUAUGGCUACCCAGGCGGCCUCCGGCUGGCCCAGAUCUCCGCACCCUGCACCACCACCCAGACCGUCACAAAUGACCGUGUGGACAACGACUGCGACGGGCGAGUGGACGAAGAGCUGCUGGACGGCAUCGACAAUGACGGCGACGGACUGAUCGACGAAGACCUCGCCAGUGUUUGCGGCGCCACCGAUGUUGUUUUUGUAAUUGACCGAUCUUCUAGCAUUGGGAUGUCCAACUUCAACCUCGCCAAGGAGUUUGUCGCAGAGGCCCUCCAAUGCUUCAACGACCGCGGUGUGCAAGUCGGGAUUGGUUAUAUCCUGUAUGACUGCGUGCCUGAGAAGAUCAUUUCUCUGGGGACGUACACAUCUGACAACGCUGUCCUGCCUGGCAUCAUCCUGAACCAGAUGCAGUAUGGAGGCCGUAAACGAACCUACCUGGCUAUCCGUUACAUGAAGGACACAUCCGAUUUCCGCAACGGGGCUGCUCGCGCUGCUGUCAUCCUGACAAACGGAGUACAGACCACAGGUGACCAGGUAGCUGAGGCUGACUUGGCGAGGACCGCGGGGAUUGAGCUGUACUCCGUGGCUAUUGGAAGGAGCAAUUUCGUGGACAGCAUUGCGCUUGACGACAUCGCCGGGAGUGCCACCAAUGUGUUCGACACCAGCGACCCCUGCGCACUCGCUAACCGCAUCCUGGAUGACCUGUCCUGCACCUAAGACCAAAGUGAGAAACACAACUCACCAAUGACAGUCUGACAAAUGCAAGGCUCACUCGGACGCUUCAUUUUGGUCAGGGGGGGAGGAAGGGCUAAUGUAGUUUUUUAAAAAAAGGUAAUGAUUACUACGGAUGACACUAAGGCCAUUAGGUUGACAAGAUUUAGGCUUAUUUGUCAAGUGCCAACAGCCUUAAACAAGUUCUAUUUUGAGGAUUGAAGCAAAAUUCAUUGUAAGAAAUACACGUGUAACCCCCUGGUUUACCAUUGCUUAACAAGUCAUAUUUAUUUACUAUCCAACAUUUUCAAAUCAAAAGCUUAUAAGUUCCAUUGUAUCUGGACACCUAGAAGGGUGACUUGUAUGAAAAAAACAUGAAAUUGGAGUUAUUUUUGGGCUCAUUGAAUUUGUCAGGAUCACUAAAGGCCUGGCUUUUACUCAGUAAGAAGAAUGACAUUCGCUUUGCCUGCAAAUUAAAGGUCAGACAUAUUUACUUCAGCAUAAUUUGUAGACUAAAUUGAGGUCAAAAAGGUUUAGUGUGCUGCACGAAAAGUCUAGAAAAAAAACCCCAGAGUGUAGAUGACUUUGAACCCCCAUCACUGUUAAUUACAAAAAA